AUGAUCACAACCACCACCACCGAUGACCAGUAUAAACGUAAACUAAACCUAUUCCCACUACACCCAGAAAACCUGGUGGUAGACAGAGAAACGCAAGACGAGAACGUCCCGUACAUCAUUUCCGCCGCUGACGGCGGCGCCAACACCAUCACCGCUCUUCUUGGCACCUCCGGGACUUCUUCUGAAGAUGAAAACGAUUUGUCGCCAACCUACGCCUACAGAGAACAGUAUAACAGUGUGGAGGGUACACUUGUACGGACGGCCAUGAAGAGCAAAGAGAGAGAUUCAAGUGAAGAGAAGAAGGAGGAGGAAGUGACCAGUUGUGUAGCUGAUCUACGGUAUAAAAACAAGACGCAUCAGGGGUUGUCGUUGAAGCUUGAUUACCAGGAGAUCUUGAAUGCAUGGUCUGAUAAGGGCCCCCUUUGCAUCCGUAUGGAGUCAACACAAACUGUUCCCAAUCUCCAUGAUGAAGACCUACCCCAUCAAGAAACCACCAGUGAGAUCUUGAAUGCAUGGUCUGAUAAGGGCCCCCUUUGCAUCCGUAUGGAGUCAACACAAACUGUUCCCAAUCUCCAUGAUGAAGACCUACCCCAUCAAGAAACCACCAGUGUAAGUUCCUUCUUUCUAAUUUUUCUAUAAAAAAAAAUUAAUGAUGUUGUUUUUGUAUUAACUAAAAAGAUAUAUAAGGAACUGCAUGAUGGUCAGGGAUUCGGGUAGUACUAGAACUAGGUUCAUAUGUGUUGUUUGGGAUUGAAUUUCAGGUGUAAUGAAUGGUUACCUUCUUGUGAUUUGAGAACCAAAAAUAGGGCUCAUACAAGUGUUGGAUUUCGCUUCUCAAAUGAAUCGAGUUCAAGCUCAAUACUCAUUUGAUAAAUGAGUCCACGCACACACAGACACGCGCACAUAUAUAUAUAUAUAUAUAUAUAUAUAUAUAUAUAUAUAUAUAUAUAUA